AUGGGUAUCCUUAUUGUGAUUGCUGGAGAAUCACAAUGCAAUUUAUUUGCGGAAAUUAGCUUAGUAGCUAAUUACUUAUCUCAAAAUUUACCAUCAUUUCGCUAUGAAAGGAUUCAAAAAUCUGUAACAGAAUGGAAGCCAUGGCUGUUUAAAAUAAAUCGAAAAAACAAAUGGCACCACAUUGAAUCACCUAUUGUUUGGAAAGAGCUCUUAAUGAGCGGAAGCACUCCAACAUAUAUAGGAGGAGCGAGUGAGUUUUUAGAAUAUGUGCACUCAUAUUAUCAAUUUGAUGCUUUUCUUGCACCUAAACGAUUUGAUCAGUUAGUGGAUUACUUUGGCCAAUUUCAAAAGAAAAUUAAGCAAGAUAUUCAAUUGGAAAAGGAAAUAAGUAACGCUGAGUAUGUUGGAAAAAAUGAAAAAUCUAGUACUACUGUUUGCAUUUCUGGCGCUGGAAAUCCUUUAACUAUGUUUAUUAUAUCCGGUCUUUUGGAGACGUUUGGUAAUAUGAGUUUUUCUAAAAUAUAUAUGUACGACGAAGAAUGUUCACAAAGCUUAAUGGAUUUAAUAGAAAAUGAAUGUAAUUACGUAGGUUCAGAUUAUUCAGGAAAAAAUGUUAAAUAUGUAGAUAAGAUUGGAAUUGCUCUUACAAAGUCUGAUCUUUUAAUAAUACUCAAUUAUGUACCAUUUCGGUGAGUUUACUACAUUUAUUUAGAAUAAAUUAAAAUUAUAUACAUUUUCUGACUAUUUACCCAUUUUAGAUUUACGUACUCUGUAGGAGAAUGGCUUUACAAGAAUAAAAAGCUAAUGGAAAGCUUAGCAGUAAAAAUAAAUGCUACUGCUUCAAAAAACAUGUACGUUAUUUUACCAAACU